CGUUGUGCCAAACAAACGUUAUACAAAUUGUAUUGUAGGAGGGAUUUCCGCAAAAUAUUUCGUGUUUCCUUCCUUUUGCUUACGAAAACAAACACAUAAUACAUACAAUCGCAAUCUGAACCAUGUUACAGCCUUAAUUCAGCGUACCGCAUUCAUAAUUGACUGUUUCGACUAGAAAUAGCAGUCCGUGACGAAGCCAGCAAUGGCGGAGACUCUAGACCCGCUGUCGCCAAGUGUGAACAGCGCUGGGGCUCCCGGCCUCAUACGUAAACUGAGGUCCCGGUUCACGCGCGGGACUCCGCCCCGACCAAAUGGAGAAGGAUAUGUGGAAUUCGGAGAGUUCCGCGCGGAGCGGGCUGGUGUCAAGAAAGUGGGCACUUUCGCCGGGGUAUUCUGCCCGGUGGUCCUCUCCAUGUUUAGCGCGCUUAUUUUUAUACGAAUGGGUUAUCUAGUCGGCAAUGCUGGGUUACUUGUGACUCUAGCACAGUUCGGCCUGGCUUACCUGAUAGUAGUUUUUACCGUGACGUCAAUCUGUGCUAUCUCAACCAACGGCGCCGUUGAAGGAGGGGGUGUUUACUUCAUGAUCAGCAGGACACUAGGUCCAGAGUUCGGUGGAGCAAUCGGCACGUUAUUUUUCUUCGCCAAUGUGGUGUCCAGUGCACUCUGUAUAUCCGCCUGCACUGAAGCCCUGGUGGAGAACUUUGGACCUCAUGGUUACUUAGUUCAACCAAACCCCGGAAUUCCGGACAGCUGGUGGUAUCGGUUCCUGUACCGAAGCAUCCUGAACGCGCUGGGCGUGUGCGUGUCGCUGGCGGGUGCGGCGCUGUUCGCGCGCACCAGCCUGGCGAUAUGGCUCACCAUGUCCGUCUGUCUCGCCAGUGCUUUCAUCAGCUUCUUCUGCACGCAGCCGCUACUGAUCGACAAACCAGACACGAACCACCUGGUAAACGACACAGCGUUCAACUACACGGGCCUCUCCUCGGCCACUCUGAUGGAGAACCUGUACCCUCAGUACGGCAAGGACUACUCCACAAGUGACGGUCAGAUGGUGGACUUCGCCGCCGUGUUUGGCGUGUUGUUCACUGGAGUCACUGGGGUCAUGGCCGGUGCUAAUAUGAGCGGUGAACUUAAGACUCCGUCCCGUAGCAUCCCCCUGGGCACCCUGACAGCCCUCCUGUUCACCGCCAUAUCGUACGUGGCGCUAAGCGUGCUCACUGCGGCCACUUGCAGUCGGGAGCUGCUGCAAAACAACUACGUGUAUCUGCUGCCUAUUAACAUUUGGCCGCCCUUUAUUGCUGUUGGCAUGGUGAUAGCGACGUUUUCCGCUGGACUAUCCAAUUUGAUUGGUGCGUCGAGAGUUUUAGAAGCUCUGGCCAAGGACAACAUAUUCGGAAUCCUUCUCCGUCCAAUGGUCUCCCGUUCUGGAAACCCAGUGGUGGCGGUGAUCGCGUCGUACCUGCUGGUGCAAGUGGGCAUCAUGGCUGGCUCGCUCAACGCUAUCGCUCAGGUCAACUCCGUCCUCUUCAUGACUAGCUACUUCGCUGUCAACUUGGCUUGUCUCGGCCUUGAGCUCGCGUCUGCGCCUAACUUCAGGCCGUCGUUCAAGCACUUCUCGUGGCUGACCUCUCUGCUCGGCCUGGGCGGGUGUGCGUCCGUGAUGUUCGCGUUGCGGCCGGCGCAUGCGUGCGGCGCGGCCCUGGCCUGCACCCUACUGGUGUUGGCGCUCCAUGUGCUGUCUCCAGCCGCUGCUGAGCCCAAGUGGGGCAGUCUAAGCCAGGCUCUUAUAUUCCAUCAGGUCCGCAAGUACCUGCUGCUGCUGGACCCGCGGCGCGAGCACGUUAAGUUCUGGCGCCCGCAGAUGCUACUGCUCAUAUCCUCGCCGCGGCAAGCCGCGCCGCUCAUCGACUUCGUUAACGACCAGAAGAAGGGUGGUCUGUUCGUAGUGGGUCAUGUAAGAGUGGGACAGUUAGAUGGCACUGGAGAUCCGUUGGCCGCCGAACACAAGUACUGGCUCAAACUCAUUGACCAUUUAAGAGUGAAAGCAUUCGUGGAGCUAUGUCUGGCGGAGUCAGUGAGGGGCGGAGCGGCCCACCUGACGAGGUUAGCGGGCCUGGGGGCCAUGAAACCUGACACCGUGCUGCUGGGGUUCAGGGAUACUGCUACUCCGAAGGACUUCUUUAGAGACCCAACGUCUCCCUACAAGACAGACGCGUUCGACCUGGAGAAUGGUGACGUAGUGUUCCCGGUGAGACGGGCGGGCGAGCCGCGCGUCUCAGCGGCAGAAUACACGCGCAUCGUAUCCGACGUGUUGUGCGUCAACAAGAACGUCUGCCUGUGCCGGAACUUCCACAAACUUGACAUGGCUGCCGUCGAGAGACGGUCACCAACCCUGAAAUACAUAGAUGUGUGGCUCGUGGAGCUGCUGUCCCCAUCCUGCGAGGAGCCCUUCACAGUGCGAGGGUUGUUCGCGCUGCAGCUGGCGGCGGUGGUGCGUUCCUCGCGCGGCUGGCAGCACCUGCGGCUGCGGGUGCAUGCCACCACCAUCGCUGGACCCGCCACCGCCAUACAAGAAGCCGGCGUCACAGUGACGGUGCCCGCGGAGAGCGUGGAGCCGGCGCUGGCGAGCCUGUCGGGCCGGCCGGCGCCCGCGCGCCUGCAGCAGCUGCUGCGCCUGCUGCGGAUAGACGCGCGGACGCACGCGGUAACUGAAUGGCCAGCGUUUGAAGAGACGAGGUGGUCGAGCGACCAUGAUGGAAACAGUAUAUACCAACGAGUGCCACUUAGCUACCUGCAGACGGUGAACAACAUAAUAAAGGGCCGCAGCGCGGACGGCACGGCGGUGACGUUCGUGCAGCUGCCGCCGCCGCCUGCGCUGCCGCCGCAGCCCACGCCGGCCGACGAGGCGCUCUGCGAACACUAUCUCAGGGUACUAGAUGAAUUCACGAAGGAUCUCCCACCCACCAUACUAGUUCGAGGCCUUAAGUCCGUCACAUCUACGACAUUAUAGUGCAAAGUGUAAAUAAUACUAUAUUGGUGCUGAUACACACCAUCGAAUUUUAUUUUAAGUUACACCUGUCCUUUUCUUAUCCGCCGAAAAGGAAAGAGACAGAUUAUCGACAGGCAUAAAAUGUAUUAAACGUUCAGCUGCUUGUCUUCCCGAGGGAUUGUGUCCUCUAACAUGAUGGACUAAUGUUAUGGGCGAUAGGCUGAUCCCUUAUCACCAUAAGGUUCAUCAUAUCCAGCUUACGACAUCGUAUCAACAGUGGCUGCAAGUUGUCUUUGAUGACUUGUGGCUCUGCCCACCCCAUUAGGGACUACGGGCGUGAGUUUGUGUAUGUAUGUAUAAAAUUUAUGAAAAUUUAUAUGACCCUCUCAAUAUUUUACACUAUACUAAGUGGC